GAUAUGGUGGUGGUAGUGGGUGCACUGGUGGUGAUCGUAGUCGUGGUGCCACUGGCGAAGAGUCGCUGAGGUGAUGGUCAUGAUGAUGAGCAUAGAGCAUGGUCAGAGCAGUUUCGUGUAAUAAUGGCGACGGGCUUCAAGACUGCACAGCCAUUAGAGUAUUAUAGAAAGUUUUUGAGUGAAAAUAUUCGUCCUGAUGGCAGAGACUUGUUGCAAUUUAGAAACACUGUCGUCAAUAUUGGUUCAAUUGCCACUGCUGAGGGAUCAUGCAUUGUUAAGUUAGGAAAUACAACAGUUGUGUGUGGAAUUAAAGCUGAAUUGGCAAAUCCAAAAUCUGAUUAUCCUAAAUGGGGAUUUAUUGUACCAAAUAUUGACCUUUCGGCACUGUGUUCACCACGUUUUCGACCUGGUCCCCCCAGUGAACAAGCUCAAGUGAUCAGUCAGUUCAUUGCCGAUACUAUUUCAAACUCCAAGAUGAUUGAUCUUGAAGCACUUUGUAUCAUGGAAGGACAGCUGGUAUGGUGUCUAUAUGUUGAUUUGGUGUGCCUUAACUAUGAUGGCAAUAUUGUUGAUGCUAGUAUUAUUGCAAUGCUUGGUGCAAUCUACAACACACGAUUAUACGAGAUAUUCAUUGAUGAAGAAAAGAAUGUUCCUGUGCCUAGUGAUGAGAAACAGAGAUCAUUAAUUGUAAAAGAAGUACCUGUAGCUUCUACAUUUGCUGUCAUAGAUAAUUCGUUAGCUCCUAUUCUAAUAGCUGAUCCCACCGACGAUGAAGAGAGUUUAGCCAGUGGAGUGAUUACAAUUGUUGCCACAACUGAAAACAAACUUUGUUCUCUUCAUAAACCAGGUGGACGUCCUUUACCUGCGGCUACACUUCGACAUUGUAUAGAGGAAGCGAAGAAGAGAGCGAAAAAUGUACACAAUCUAAUAGAGGCCGCACUCUAACAUUAAGACAUUAGGUCGACGAAGCCAAUACCUGAAUUGGUGGCUGAAGAGGAACAACAGGUGCUCGAUUUGAAGUGGAUCUAUUUCCAGUCGAUGUCAUGAUUGGAAUUGGUGAUGCCGUGUUGCUAAGGGUUACCAUUGUUACAGCUGUUGAUGUAUUUGCUGAAGCUAUGAACAGAAAGAGUAACUUAACAAUAAUAGAUUAACUGCUUACAAUGUUGUUUUUUAUACUGAAAGGAAUAGAUUGUGAUUUGACAUUGGA